AUGGGAUCAACUACUACGAUGAGGAUCUCUUUUGACAAUAACACCUUCCAUCAGCUAUCAACCAUGAUCAUAGAACCACUCCUCCUCUCUGUUUGGGGUCUGCUUCAAUCGCUCUAUCACCCUUUUACCCUGCGUGACGGCGUAGACGCAACACCGAUGCAGAACGCCAUGUGUAAUGAUACCGUGUUGUAUGAUGGACCAAAGGCUUGGAUCCGGGCUCCUGAUCUGUCACCUCUGCUGAAUGCCUCCGGUGAGGUUUUGAUCGACAUGGGCAACCAGACCGGGUCUCCUGAGCGCUCUUAUCGAGGUGCAAGUGUAGGCGUUCGGUUCAAAGAGAGAGCCAUCGUCAGAAUUCCGCUUUUCGAAAAGCCUCCUCCUGUUAAUUGGACUCGAGAGACGGUAGAUAAGGUCGAUUAUAACAGUAUCUGGAGCGAGGAUGAUCAUCAGCGCUCGCACGUGAUGGUGGAGAUGGAAUCCCGCAGUAUCGAGCAGAUGAAGAAGGACUAUACGGUCUUUGCGGAAGAACGAAUCGCGUUCGAAUCUACCGUGUUGGUCACGGGGAAUCUGGGCGAUGCAUCCGAACCGCUUAAAGGAAGGUUUCGUAAAGACUUCCAGAUACACGUCCCCAACGUCAACUUCCCACCGAGCUUCGAUCAGUACAUUUCCUCCAGGAGCACAGACAACUAUGGGUACCAGAACGAGGAACACAUGUUCCAAUGGUUUGUCGUUCUUCAUGGCGAUGAUAGUUCUCGACGAGAGAUUCCAGCGGGUUUCGGGGCUUUUCAACCUCGCAUCAAUCGCUUUGCGACAGAUGAGACGACCGCACUCGAUGUAGAGUUUGAGCUGCGAAGCGACUCUACUCUGGACCCAAAGACCAUGCCCAAGUUUAAACUCGAUGUUCAACUUUUGCCGAGUGAGACAGACGGCGAUGAUCAAACGUACCGUGUCCAAGUAAUCCUGCGUCAAGAACCUCUCGUUCACGACGUGCCCGAAAACGUUCGACUGCGGCCUGAGACUAUCAGGGCCUUCUACAGACAACGCAGCCGACCCACCUGGGCCGUAUCCAAGGUGUCUGAUAGCGACACGCCGCACGCCGAGAGCGCACGGGAGUCGUUGUUCAAUAGUGGCAGGCACUACGCGAACCAACUGUCGAUGGAUAUUCUGCCUCAUGACCGUGCUGCUCGGCGUACAAACCUUCUCGCUCAACGCGAGCUCGAUCGCAACAUGAGCGAAGGGACGAUCAGUGCUCUCGAACCGAUCGAUGGCGUUUGGUGGACCGGCGAUCUCCAAGUGAAACGACGAGAUAUAAUCGGAUCGGUGGCGAAACCCCUCAGGGAUUUUCACUUGGCCUACAUCGAUAUCGUCUCUUCGAUCGAUUUCCAGAUCAAUUGCGCCAUUGAGGAGCCGGCGGGUGAUGAGCAAGAAAAGGCGGAAUCUGAUGCAAAGGUCGACGUGUACAAGGAUACUGAUCUGGAUGAAACCUUGUGGAUGGUGACGACCCCGGACUCGGCAAAUUCUCUGGGAACCAAGGUUCCGCGCAAACGUCAUGUCCUAGGUCGGGCAACUAUGCUACUCAGAACGAACGACUCGACGGACGAGGCUUUUCCUCAGCACUACCUCGAAACAGACGCCCCGAUGCCGGUCUUGCUGGUAAACGACGAGACGCCGGAAUAUCCUCUCGCUCGUGACUCGUUCACGUCUCGUCAUGAGGACGGGACUCGCGGUCGAAAGCAUGUCUAUCAGACUCGAAUCCCGUCCAAGAAUGAUCGAGGUGGAUCUCAUAGUUAUGUCGGCAAGGCUUGGUUUCGACACGGUCAGCAGGAGAUGACCGAAGUCGCGCGGGUCUGAAACGUCAACGUUUGGUCGUUGCUGUUGUGUCGCCUUGUCUUUUGGAUAGUUCUCCCAUGUUACUUCGAAUUUGAGCGGAGACUUCUGGUCUGUAAAGAUGUACUUGUAUUUUCCCGUUUCAAUUGUAUCAUGAGC